ACUCGGAGUAAUCCGUUGUGAACCGUGUCGAGAAAUCGGCUCAGCUGAUACUUAACCUCAACCACAUCAACUUCGUUUAUCUAUCAGUAUUUGUGAUCUGUGGUCCUUGACUCGAUAUGUCCAACUUGAACAAUAGUGCUGCGCUGUCUUGAAAAUUCAGCUCAGAUCUCUUAUUCCCAAAGUUCACCUUUUUUUCAAGUUUCCAUCUUCUUAGGACGGACUCAUCAUGGCGACUAAUGCUGACGCCACUGCACCAGCAACAAGCACGCCUCCCCGCAACUCUGGCUUGCCCGUCGACCUCAAGUCCACCCCACACGCAGUUGGCUCCGCUGUUGUCAGCGAACAUAUCGAUACUGUGGGCGUCGAUGUCAGUGAUGUCAGUCCAUGGAUCGAGCGCGACGUCAGGAACUACGAGCAAUGUGGCGCAGACAAAAUGCUGCAGCAGCUCCUUGAAAUGUGCAUAGAUUCUUCCCAAUCCCUUCCUCCCAGUCAGAAGUCUACGCUGCUCGAUUCCUCUCUCGACGCUGUCCUGCACCUCUGCAAUGAAUCAGAUGAAGCGCAGAAGAUCAAGCGACACUUCAUUAAAUUUUGUGAUGCUGAGAGCGAAAUCCCGUCUUACCCUGAUUUCGUCCAGGCUGCCAAUUGUGCACUUCGUGGACUAAGGAAGGUCGACGUACCUGGAAUACCAGCUUUUCAGGAUGACGACGAAACCAAUAUCCUCUUUCAUGUGAAUGAUCCAUCAUACAUACAACAAGAACAUCAGGGCAAGAAGUCUAGCCGCAAGCCUGAUGUCGUGGUCGUUUCUCACCAGAGCGCUGCGGAUAUCAUUCCGGAGGGAAAACCUAAAAAUGUCUACCAGUCUGCGUGCAAGAAGCCCACCAAAGACCAUGAGAACUUCCAAUGGACGCAGGUUCGAACGACAUUUGAGUUCAAACGCAAGAAGAAGCGUCUGCCUCAUCCGCCGUCUACUUACACGAAGGGUUAUGUGGUUCCUAAUGUCCUGUAUAUGAAUUAUGCGAAGGAGACGAACGCAUCUGCUAAGCCAGCAGACCCAGCACCUGCCGCUGGUCCUCAGACCUCCUACAAGAAGUCAAACGAGUUACAAAAUAUAUCCGAGCGACUCAGAAGCAACAAACGCGGCUCUGAUCAUUUAAGCUCCAAUCAGCCGCCCAACAUCAAACGAUCCAAACAGGACGAAGAGGGGCAAUCCGGGCAGGACCAGGGCGAAGAGGAGGAGGAUGAGGAGGAGGAUGAGAAGAAGAAGAAGCCGAGGAAACAUCAUCCUGUGGUUCAGAAUGGUUUGUAUGUCGCAGAGAUGUUUGCGGCUCAUAUCGCGCGUCAGCACGUUAUCUCCUUUAUAGUUAACAACGACGCCAUCCAUAUCUGGUGGUUCGAUCGUCAGCACACGAUUCAAUGCGCUGGCAUCAACUUCGUUCAGGACCUUCCACGCUUUGUGGUUUUGCUCUUCAUAUUGCAGCGCAUGGGAUACAAGCAAUGGGGCCUUCAUCCGUUAUUUGAACCUAAACCUGGACACACGGGCGAAAUUAUCGUCGAGUAUGAGGACAACGAGGAAAAAGAAGACAAGGAAAAGGACAACCGGAAUAAGGACUGUCAGCAUCAGAAUAAGAAGCGGAUCGACCUUACAUUAGAUUUGAAGUCUGACAAGCGCAUGACUCACUUCGGUCUACGCGGACGUGCAACCACUGUCUUUCCAGUGACGAGCAAGGCGCUAUCGGCCCUGCCACGGCGGUCCCAAUUUCGCAAUCAAUCCACCAAAUUGGUUGCCAAGCUUUUUUGGCCAGAAGAAGCACGCCAGAGCGAGCCAGAGAUCCUCGAAGAGGUCUACAAGGUCGCGAAUGAAGAUCCGGAUGUCUUGGGCCAUGUUCCAGAGAUGGUCUGGUUCUACAAGUUUGAGGAAACAUCCACGGCGAUAAUCAGAAAGGCGCUAGGAAUCGAUGAUACGGGCAGCCGCGUCCUAUACAUCAGUCGUAUUCAGAGAGCUUGAGCCGAUCACGACGCUGAGCGGGGAAGAGUUCCUCCUCGCAUGGUGGGAGCUUGUCAAGUGUAGGUGUCUUGUCCUUUCUGCGUUCU